AUGGAUAAUAUUUCUCAAAUAAGAACGUUUUUUCUUUCAGGUUUCAAUGAAACAAAUAACCAUAGAUUUACUCUCUUCUUUCUCACUUUAAUGUGUUACUGUGUGAUUUUGCUGGUAAAUAUUUCUGUCAUUGUGACCAUCAUCAUGGAUAAAAACCUGCAUGAACCAAUGUAUAUUUUACUAUGUACUUUUUGCAUGAAUGCACUUUAUGGGACAGCAGGUUUCUACCCCAAGUUUCUCUGGGAUCUGCUUUCUCCUGUUCAGGUCAUCUCUUAUUCUGGAUGCCUUAUUCAGGCCCAAGUAAUAUACUCAUUUGCCUGCGCUGAUCUGUCUAUUCUUGCUGUCAUGUCAUAUGACAGAUAUGUGGCUAUAUGUCGACCACUGGAGUACCACUCUGUCAUGUCAAAGCAAAAGCUCAUUAUCUUAGCGUGUUUCUCUUGGAUAACACCUUUUUGCAUUAAUGCUUUAAAUAUUUUUACAACAUCUAGAUUAAAGUUAUGCAGCCCAUAUAUUGUCAGAAUCUGUUGUGUGAAUUGGAUGAUUGUUAGACUUGCUUGUUUCCCAGCAGAAACAGCGGUUAAUAGCAUAGUUGCUAACAUAAUAGUGAUCAUUUAUACAUUUCAUGGUGUUUUCAUAGUUCUAUCCUACAUUUAUCUUGUUAAAACAUGUGUAAAUUCUAUAGAAAACAGAGCAAAGUUCAUGCAAACAUGUGUGCCACAUUUAAUCUCCUUACUCACUUUUCUUUUGACAGGACUUUUCAAUGUGUUGAUUAUGCGAAUCGAUUCAGAAGAUUUACCUCAAACCUUUAAAAACUUUGUUUCUAUAGAAUAUCUUGUCAUACCUCCCUUAAUGAAUCCUCUUAUUUAUGGUUUCAAAUUGACCAAAAUUAGAAACAGAAUUCUGGUUGUUCUUGCUUUGAAAACUAAAUGA